CAGCCGGCAGCAUUCUGCAGCACAGAGUCCACUAGGAGCCUUUGACCAAAACCUUGUGGCCAUUCCGUCACUAAGUGACUGGUCACCAUGGGACCAAAACGUGAAGAGGAAAUGAUUGCUAUUACUCUGAAGCUUGUUACUCACGAAGAGCAGCAAAACUUGAAAGUGAAGAUGCCAAAGGGUGUCAAGAUGAGCAAGGUGAAGGAAAGAGUGGAAGCAGAGUUCGACAUUCCCACAGAAGAGCAGAUUAUUCUCUUCCGGGGCAAGUACAUUGCGAAGCGCUACAUGACUCAGAAGGAGAAUGCGUUUCAACCUCUCAACAUGCCAGACUUGGAAGAAAUUGUGAGUGAAGCUGGAGAAGAUGGUCUGCAAAUGACAGUGAUCCACCAUCCUUUCCGCCUGGAGAAUUUCAUGAAGGAGGAGGAAGUGGAAGAGGGAGACUCCGAUGUAAAGCUGAGGCAGUCAGGUGCCAGCUUGCUACACCGUGCAGUACGACGUUGUGAGAUUAGUGUGGUCCAGGAGCUGCUGGUCAAGGAGGCUUUCACUCGCGCUAACGCACGUGACCGCGCUGGGCAAACCGCUUUGCACGCAGCGUGCACCGCUUGGCAGCGAGAGAGCGCGCAGAUCAUCCUAGAUUCAGACAAAUUUGAAGCUGUCUACAAAAAGGACAUGGAUGGUCGGACGGCCCUGCACUAUGUGGCCUGUUGGGGGGACUUGGAGGUCGCAAAGUCGAUCCUAGCGCAUCCAAAGAUCGGGCGCAGGCACAUUCACAUGGAGGACAUCUUUGGGCACAGUCCAUUGGCCCUCGCGACAGAGUGCGGUCACGUCAAGGUGGUGGAGGCAAUGAAUGAGACCUUGGCCUCCAAGGGCGAGGAUGACGAGCCACCACCAGCUGAUGAGGAACCAUCCAGGCCAAGCUCUCCAGUGGCAGGCAAAGCAAUGGAAGAAGAUGAGGAGGAAGCGAUCGCAGCAAUUGAGGAAAAACCAGCGUAACGAUCUGAACUACUUGAGCCCCACUUUGAUGCAAUGACACCCAGUCCAUCAAGGAAUCAACUGCGAAUGUCAACAUGGCGAUGAUGGUGAUGACGUGGUAAUUUCCCAGUUAGCUCUCGGGAUAUCGACGAGUCCACAUCAAAGCACGCCUCUGAAGUUGCCGAAGUUGCCCUGGAAUUGCUAGAAUGAAGUGGUGUGUCCACAACACGAAUUCCUUGAGAAUGGCGCAGUCCGAGUCGCAGAAUCGAGGCUGAAGCAGAGGGAACAGUAGCAUCAGUAGCAGUAUCUUAAGAAGACCAGUCCAGUGUGUUCAUGGCUGGCCAUGCAAAAAAACUUGACCAGUCGCUGAUGUUUCUUGAACAGGACACCGUCAGAAUAGCUGAUGGUGUCCUGUUGAUUUACUGCGGAGCGACCUUGAGGAAUUCAUUCCUGAGCUGACGCCACUGCCUCACCUGGAUGCACUGGGCCAGGGAACCAUAGGGAACCAUCGUACUGCACUGAACACCCCAGAGGCUUCGUUCC